GUUUUUGUGUAAAGUUCUCUAUCAUUGUUUAUUUCUUUUGUUCAACGCUAGAAAAUGCAGUGGUUAAGAAAGAAAAAAAACUUGGGCUUAGUUACCCUAUGCCCCACUUUACACCAUCAGAAGUUCCUAUUUACUAUUCUAUAAGGGCGGAGUUGUUUAUUGUUGAUUAUCUGAUUAAUCCGAGGUGUAUCAUAUCAUACAUUAGUCAUUAAAUCCCACAUAAAUAAAACCAAAUAGCUUCCAAAACUAGUGAUAUAUAUACCCAUAAAUGUUACUGUUACUGUAACAAAUCAAAGCACACAUGUUUCAGAAGUAAAAUAAAUAGAAAGUAUUGCAUUGAUUAUUAUUUUAACAAUUGUGAGAAUGUAUUGCUUAGAUCAUUUGUCCAGGCUUACUGUAGUACAAUCUUGUGCACAUCAUUUAUCCUAAUGUCCCUGUGAUGUCACUGCUACAGGACAUCUAGCCAGGAAGAAACAACAAUCUUCCUGAUGUACUAACAUGGACUUCCUGGCUGCUGGUGUGAAUGACGAUCUGCAGCAGGUGUGAUGUGACUCCUCCGACUGUGCUGCGGUAACCAGAGAACUAUAUGCAGUUGGUUGCACGGUCGCUUUGGAUAUUAAUAGCUUUACUGAAAGCUACGCAGACACAAAAGGGGGAGGGACCCCUCUGCUGGUCCGUACAUAAAGCAUCCUGAUUGUAGGCCGUCUCCAUAAGAGAGCAGACACACUAAGCCUACAGAUAGUCAGUACAAAAGGAGCCACUGGGUGCAUGCAGCUGAGUUUACACAGCUAAACAAAAAGACGAAGCCUGCAUUUUUUAAUAUAGACACAAGCUACUAUUUUAGAACAUGGGCAUGCAUGGAACCAAGCCUAAGAAACAAGCACAGGUCUUGAUGCUGGGCCUGGACGGAGCAGGAAAGACCACUCUGCUCUAUAAGUUAAAGUACAACGAGACCGUGGUGACGGUUCCAACCGUGGGCUUCAACGUGGACACACUGGAGACCGACAGGAGCAGCCCGGGCUUGACGGUGUGGGACGUGGGGGGCCAGAAGAAGAUGAGGCCCCACUGGAGGCAUCACUAUGCUGACACAGCCGGACUGGUGUUUGUGGUGGACAGCUGUGAUCAGAAACGACUGGAUGAGGCCCGCAAGGAACUUCAUCGGGUCAUAAAGUUUGAGGGUCUCAGAGGAGUUCCUCUCGUGGUCCUGGCCAACAAACAGGACCUCCAGGCAGCUGUAAGCCCAGAAGCACUUUGCGUGACGCUGGACCUGAGAAGAGUGUGCGAGGGCCGCGCCUGGUUCAUCCAGCCCUGCUCAGCUACCACCGGCGUGGGACUAGAGGAAGGUUUCAGGAGGAUUGUCUAUCUGAUGAAGACUCCAUUUAAACAGACUCAAGAGGACUUUAAGAUUAAGAUGAAGUCCAAGGGCCUCAGUAUCACAGCUGUGAAACAGGCUUUGCUCUGCAGCAGAUGAUGGAGGACAACCGGUUUUGAAGAUUUAUUCAAGUGGAAUGAUUCCUCUUGCCCCGCCUGUGUAAAUCCUCAGGAAAUCGCCUCAGCGUGGUUUUCCGAAGGAUUAACUGCGAGGAGGUGAUAAAAGAACCACAUCUCUGUGGUAAAAAGCCCUUUUACUCAUUCGUGGGGAAGACAAAGUGUCCUUGGACCAUCGUGAUAACCACUGAGGAGGCUGUGUGUUAUCUCAGGUUAUAACAGCUGGUGUGUUACAAGCUGGUAUGAACCGUUCGCAAACAAUUCAGUCUGAGUGUUUUUAUGACAGAAACUGGCUGAUAAAAACCUGCAUUGUUCAGUCAAGAUUCUGUGGCUCAAAGAAAUGUUGUUCUCGACUUUUGCAUUAUCGGUUCUUUUUUAGCAGUAAUACAUUCGUUUGAAUAAAAUGUACAAGGCCUGCUUAUACUGUUUGUUUCGUUUAUUGAUUGCAAUAAAAACACAUAAAAACAAAAAUAAGGAGCU